GUUUAGGGUCAGGCAGCCGCUAGGUGACGGCCGUCCUUUCUGAACCUCCACCUGGGAGGCGGGCGGCGCAGGGGCUCCCACCCACGCCGCCGCAAGAGACCCCGCCCGCCGGCCCACGGGGUUUCCGGCCCCUCCGGCUAUUUUAAGGCGCGCGCGGCCCGGACCUCCUCACUUUGUGCCCUCAGCUCUCUGGGUCCUGCCGGGUGUCCUGCAGCUGUCCCGGCCGCCGCGAACAUGGGUUCCUGGCCCCGCUCGCUGCUGGCCGCCCUUCUGCUGCACCUCGCCAGCGUGGCCACGGUGCUCUGCGACACACCUGCCAACUGCACCUACCCUGACCUGCUGGGCACCUGGGUCUUGGAAGUGGGCCCGGUCAGUUCCAACCGCGACAUCAACUGCUCGGUUGUGGGACCACCAGAAAAAAAAGUAGUGGUGCACCUUCAGAAAUUGGAUACAGCAUUUGAUGACCUUGGCAAUUCCGGCCAUUUUACCAUCAUUUACAAUCAAGGCUUUGAAAUUGUGUUGAAUGACUACAAGUGGUUUGCCUUUUUUAAGUACAAACAAGAGGGCAGCAGGGUUACCAGCUAUUGCCACGAGACGAUGCCAGGGUGGGUGCAUGAUGUGCUGGGCCGGAACUGGGCUUGUUUCACCGGAAGGAAGGUGGGAGCUACCUCUGAGUAUAUGAGUGUAAAUGCCGCACACCUUGAGAAUCUUCAAGAAAUGUAUUCUAAUAGGCUUUACAAAUAUGACCUCAACUUUGUGAAAGCUAUCAAUUCCAUUCAAAAAUCCUGGACUGCAACCACAUACAUGGAAUAUGAGACUCUUAGCCUGAGAGACAUGAUUAGGAGAGCUGGUGGCCACAGCCAGAGAAUCCCAAGGCCCAAACCGGCACCACUGACUGCUGAGAUACAACAAGAGAUUUUACAUUUGCCAGCAUCUUGGGACUGGAGAAAUGUUCAUGGUAUCAACUUUGUUAGCCCGGUUCGAAACCAAGCAUCUUGCGGGAGCUGCUACUCAUUUGCUUCUAUGGGUAUGCUGGAAGCAAGACUACGUAUACUAACCAACAAUUCUCAGACCCCAGUCUUGAGUCCUCAGGAGGUUGUGUCUUGCAGCCAGUAUGCUCAAGGCUGUGAAGGUGGCUUCCCGUAUCUCAUCGCAGGAAAGUAUGCCCAGGAUUUUGGGCUGGUAGAAGAGGCCUGCUUCCCCUACACAGCCACUGACUCUCCGUGCAAAGUGAAGAAGGACUGUUUUCGUUACUAUUCCUCUGAGUACCACUAUGUGGGAGGUUUUUAUGGGGGCUGCAAUGAAGCUCUGAUGAAGCUCGAGCUGGUCAAUCAUGGGCCCGUGGUAGUUUCCUUCGAAGUAUACGAUGACUUCAUCCACUAUCACAAGGGAAUCUAUCACCACACUGGUCUGAGAGAUCCUUUCAACCCCUUUGAGCUGACUAAUCAUGCAGUUCUGCUGGUCGGCUAUGGCACUGACUCAGCCUCUGGGCUGGAUUACUGGAUUGUUAAAAACAGCUGGAGCGCCACUUGGGGUGAGGAUGGCUACUUCAGGAUCCGCAGAGGAACUGACGAGUGUGGAAUUGAGAGCAUAGCAUUGACAGCCACACCAAUUCCUAAGCUGUAGAGUAUAUCUCUCAGUAUUUCAUAACAAUGACAACCAUCAGUCAGAAAGAGACUUGAUUGACUAAUAGACUUGAAACUUUUAUAGCAGUAUUUUCUGAAGAUUACAAAUAGAUUCCUAUGAAGAUGUUUGCCUUUAAAAUCAAAACCUUCCCUGAUGACAGUAUACCUUCUCAUCAACCACUGACCUACUUUUUUCUAAGAACUCAUUUAAAUGAGAUUUUAACAGGGCUAUAAAGAAAUGGAUGUUGCUAAUGGUUUGUGAUCUACCAAAUGCAAUAUUAAAAAAAAAAAAAAUCUAUGUGAAGGCUCUGGAAUAUUUUUACAUCGUGCAGAUCACCAGGAAAUGAAGCAAUGCUCAUUGAUUUCUUUUAAAUUCUUCGUAAACGUCCAAGUGAUCAUGUGCUGUAUAACUUACAUGCGUGCAUAAGAGAAUUUCACCACUAAGUUUUUCAUUUAGAUUUACUUUUGUCACUUACGUAAGCACUUCUUUAAGAAGAAAAAGUGUUUGAGGGUGCUUCAGUUUAAAACAAAACAAAACUAUGGGACCUUUAUGACAGGUGGCAUACCCCUAAAGUCAUCCCUGAAUAUUUGAUAAGCCAGAAGCCAUAAAGUAAAGAAGUAGGAGUUCUGAUAAAACUAAUAUAUAUGGUGUGUUUCUUGCACUUGGAAGUAUUGGAUAGCUUUCACUGUUGCUCAGUAGCUUAAUUAGUGGAAUAUUGUUAGCUAUUUAGAUUUGGACAGGUCUUUUAUUAUCUUCAAGGGAUAUUUUACAGUGGUGUGAAACCUCUGGGAGCCCUGGUUGUGCAACCAUUAAUCACUCGGCUACUAACCAAAAGCUUGGCUAUUUGAACUCACCCAGGGGCUCUGAAGAAGAAAGACCUAAUAAUCUGCUCCCAUAAAGAUUACAACCUAGAAAACCCUGUGAGGCAGUUCUGCUCUGUCACCUGGGGUCACUAUGAGUUGGAAUUGAUUCAGUGACACCCAACAACAACAGUAGCAUGAAACCUCUAUACUUGUAAACAGAUGGCAUGUAUUAGAAGCGAUGUGGAAGUUGGGUAGGUAGGCAGUCUGAGCUCCAAAAUGGCAACAUGUUAGAAUCACAAGCCUUUUGGAACUUCGGGAAAUUUGGAACUGGAACACUGGGACCAUAGAGGUCAUCCAAUCCAAUUUUGCAUAGACGGAGACAGGCCUUGAGAGGGGAAGUGACUCAUCCAAGGUAACAAAGCUGCUAAGUGAUGGAACCAUGAUUCAGCUUCUAAAUUCAACUGUCCUCAACACUUCAGAGCACUGACUCUCAGAUGCCUCUACCGGAGUAUUCAUCAUCACUAGAGAAACUAGCUGCAUGCUGGGAAAUUUCACCCUGCCAUUUGACGUGCCAGUAUUUUGUCUUGAACCUCAUGUACCUUUUGCAUUGUAAUUCACAGCAAUGACAUUUUUAUUCUCCUUGAACUGAAGUGGCACUCCGGGAGUAUGUGCCAUGUUUAAGUGUGGCUUCCUGGGCCUCCUGGCACACUGCUACAUACCUGGACCUUUUCACCCCAUGGUGACAUGGAAGCAGACGCUCUUAAUGGCAGGCAUAGUCAGGGCCCUUAACAUUUCAAAGGCCUCCAAAGAAGUGUAUUUUCUUUGUUACAGAUUAAACGUAAUUUUGGUCUUAUUUAUACCUUAGCCUUAGUGAAUACUUUAUAUCAAACAUAAAUUGAUUUUUUUUACUCAACAUUUAUAAAGAUAGUACCUGUCACCUUAGCAAACAAGAUUUUGCUUGACCUGCAAACUUGAGUUUAUCCUCUGGUUCUCUACUUGGCAUGCAAUCAGGAUGCACAUAUGAAAACAACAUGCAGUGUGCCCACACUCUUGCACAAUUGUUUGAAAGGCCCUGCCUGAGCUCUUACAGAAAGUCACUACCGGCGGCAUCCAUUAAAUACUUGGGAAAUAUUGAAAGACUAAGUAUGACGUGCAUCUCACUGACUGUGGGAAGCUAGACCCCACAAGUAUGACUUGAUGAGGGCAAGCAGUUGUUUGAAGAGUCCCCAGGUUUUCAGAGGUUGCCAGUGGGAUUGCUUAGAGCAAGAGCUCAAGUCAUACCGUAUUUCAACCUGGAUUUAUUUCCUGUGGAAGUCUAGUUUUCUUAUUUCUAUAAGAGGGAAGAAUCACUUGUUUCAUCCAUGGUAGCAGAAGUCUUUAAAGACAGUGACUAAAUGGAGUAUUGUGGUUCCACAAACCAUGUGAUUAGACUGUUAAACUGUACAAAAAGCAGCAAGUUCCAUUACCUAAAAUUUGUUUAUAUUGGUGCUAAUAGAACAUACCAUCAAAGUGUGUUGACAAGUUGAGCUCUUGAAGAAAUGGUAUGGAAACUCUGGCUUACCUCCCUGUCUUAGUUAUCUCAUGCUGCUAUAAAAGAAAUACCACCAGCGGAUGGCUUUAACAAACAGAAAUUUAUUUUCUCAUGGUCUAAGAGGCUAAAAGUACAAAUUUAGGGUGCCAGCAUCAGGGGAAGGCUUUCUUUCUCUGUCAGUUCUGAGGGAAGUUCCUUGCCAUCAGUCUUCCCCUGGUCUAGGAGCUUUUCAGCACAGGGACCCUGGGUCCAUAGGAUACGCUCUGAUUCUGACUCUGCUUUCUUGGUGGUAGGAGGUCCCCAUGUCUCUCUGCUCGCUUCUCUUUUAUAUCGCAAAAGAGAUUGACUCAAGAUGUAACCUAAUCUCGUAGAUUGAGUCCUGCCUCAUUAACAUCAUAGAGGUAGGAUUUACAAUACAUGGGAAAAUCAAAAAAUGGUAGACAGCCAUACAAUACUGGGAAUCAUGGCCUAGUCAAGUCGACAUACAUUCUUCGGGGACACAAGUCAAUCCAUGACACUCCCCAAGACAUUGCCAGAUAGACCAUAGUGAGGAUAUGCCCAAACCACAAGGGUGAGGAAAAUAAAGUUUAGUUAGGCAGCCUAGCACAGUCUUAAUGUUGACUCUAAAGCCAUACUGCCCAAAUAAGGUUUCUGGCUCUGCCACCUAAUUUCCUAUGAAACCUCAUACAGUUUAUCUAAUCUACUUGUGCUUCAGUUUUGUUGUCUGUAAGAUGGAGAAAAUGGAAUAGAUAUAUUUCACUGACUGAAAUCUUCCUCUCCAAACUCUUGCCGUCUCAACAAAGGACCCAAAUGGAUUUGCGUUUUUUAAGAUGUCUCUUGCUCUUUUAACUCAGGCUAUUUACAGUUCCAAGUGAGAUUCAGAUAAACUGUAUUUUCCCGGGCCAUCCAAACUUACUCACUGAAUUCUUUUAACCUAUACCCACUGAAUUCAAGCACUGAAUAGAUUUGCGUAGUAAGAUGUGUAUCUACUUCAUAAAGUUGUUAGAGGAGUAAUUACAUUCAUAUGUGCAAAGUACUUGCAACAGUGCUUGGCACAUCGUAAGGACUAUAUAAAUAUUAUUAAUUCAAGUUGUAACAUAAGCUUUUGCUAAGAGGAUGCAGCUAAGACAUAUUCUAUUAAUAAACAAGCUCUACCCUCUAGAGAGAGAGAAAGCUUGGGAGAUUUCUUUUUUCAAAAAUAAAAAGGAGAGACAAAGGCUGAAGUGAGCAUUUAGUGCAAAGGACUAGUAGAUCACAUGAACCACAGCCUACAGGAUGCUGAGACCAAAACUAGUUGGUGUCCAGCUACCACUGUGGAUGGUUCUGACUGGGGUCACAACAGAGAGUCCUGGACAGAGCAGGAGAAAAGCUUGUAGAACAAAAAAUCUAAUUCACAAAAAGACCAGACUUACUGGUCUGACAGAGACUAGAGGAACCCCUGAGACUAUGGCCCUGAAAAAAAAAAAAAAACCCCAAACAAACUGAAGCCAUUCCUGGA